CCCCCCUCGGACGCGCGCCUGUGCCGUGGAGCUCCCACUCGCCGCCGCCGCGCGCAUCGUGAUCGAGUGGAUGCGGAGAGAGAGGCAGGGUCACCUUCUGUCACGGCAACCGCGGGCAGCGACGAGUCGGGCAGUGGAGAGCAGCUUCAGCAGCAUCACGUCUCUGGUGAUCUCCUGCAGGGGGCCGACAGCUCGCUCUCAGGUUUAUGGAAACCUGAGCUCCCGUUGGUGGAGACGUGCAUGAGGAACCCAGCGCCACUGCAGAGGACAGGUUCGGCCAUUAGAGAGCUCCGCCACAUCCAACAGAAUGUCUGGCUCCUACGAUGAGUGUGCGGGUGUUGACGACACCAUGGACAGCUUCUGGGAGGUGGGGAACUACAAACGUGCUGUCAAGAGAUUUGAUGACGGCCACCGGCUCUGCAACGACCUCAUGGGCUGCCUGCAGGAACGCGCCAAGAUAGAGAAAGCCUACGGCGACCAGCUGACCGCCUGGUCCAAGAGAUGGAGACAGCUCAUUGAGAAAGGCCCACAGUACGGCUCGGUGGAGAGAGCCUGGCUGGCCGUGAUGACCGAGGCGGACAAGGUGAGCGAGCUGCACCAGGACGUGAAGAACAACCUGACGAACGAGGACGUGGAGCGGGUGAAGAACUGGCAGAAGGAGGCGUACCACAAGCAGAUGAUCGGCGGCUUCAAGGAGGCCAAGGAGGCGGACGAGGGCUUCAAGAAGGCCCAGAAACCCUGGGCCAAGAAGCUCAAGGAGAUGGAGACGGCCAAGAAGGGAUACCACAUGGCCUGCAAGGAGGAGAAGCUGGCCGCCGCGCGAGAGGCCAACGGCAAGACGGAGGCGUCCGUCACGCCGGACCAGCAGAAGAAACUCCACGAGAAGGUGGACAAGUGCAAACAGGACGCGCAGAAGGCUAAAGAGAAGUACGAGAAGUCCCUGGAGGAGCUGAACAAGUGCACCCCGCAGUACAUGGAGAGCAUGGAGCAGGUGUUCGACCAGUGCCAGCAGCACGAGGUCAAGAGGCUCACCUUCCUCAAGGAGGCGCUGCUGGACAUCAAGCGCCACCUCAACCUCACCGAGAACCAAAGCUACUCCACAAUCUACAGAGAACUGGAACGCACCAUCCUGGGCGCCAACACACAGGAGGACCUGAAGUGGUUCAGCAACAACCACGGUCCCGGGAUGUUCAUGAACUGGCCCGCGUUUGAGGAAUACAACCCGGACCAGGCCAGUGCCCCUCCGAAGAAGAAGAAACCAGACGGAGCCCCGCCCACUCCGAGCACCGACCACGUGGCUCCACCUGGUGAUCGAAGCAGCGUGAGCAGCUACGAGAAGAACCAGGCGUACUCGACCGAGUGGUCCGACGACGAGCAGCCCGCGGCGUACUCCAGCAACGAGAACGGCGGCAACGGGAACUCGUUUGAAGACGAUUCCAGCACCGGGAAAGGUGGCGUUGGCGGCGGCGGCGGUGGCAGCAGCGUCCGCGUCCGCGCCCUCUACGACUACGAAGGCCAAGAGCAGGAUGAGCUGACCUUCAAAGCAGGUGACGAGCUGACCAAGACGGAGGACGAGGACGAGCAGGGCUGGUGUCGAGGGCGUCUGGACAGCGGCCAGGAGGGACUGUACCCGGCCAACUACGUGGAGCCGAUCUAGUCACGCGAGUGGACACGGACCAGCCGUUGGAGGCGGCUCGAACUGUCCCGUCCAAUCGCCAGACCCGCACAUAGCCAGAGACUUAAGAGCCAACAACCCCCCCCCCGUCCCCCCCGUCCCCCCCGUCCCCCCGUCCCCCCGACAGACAGACAGACAGGCGCAACUUAGUAACGUAAAAAGACAAUAUCUCAGUAUUAUAUAUAUAUAUAUAUAUAUAAAUAUUUUAAUCCAGCGUUCGAGGUGGGUGGACUUACACGUCUAAAAAAAAGCAAAAAACAAAACAAAGCAGGAGCUGCAGUUAUUCCAGCACAUACACACGCUCAGCUAUGACAUCACGACAGUGCAGGGACACGUCAGCGUCUCCGCGUCAACGCUGUGUUCAACAUGUAACGCAGCUUAUUUAAAAAAACCAAACAACUGUCCCGCUCUCUCUCGUGACGACGUUUCACCCACUCGACCGAAGACGAGCUCCUCUGACCUGCAUUGUGUGUGUAUAUAUACAUAUAUAUAUAAACAUAUAUGUACAUAUACAGUGUGACGCCAUUUUUUGUGUGCGUAGCAUUUUGAAUGCUGUGUGGUCGGUCGUCAUCCUCUCAUCAGGAAUGCUGUGUCGUGUUUAAAAGUACCACAAACGGUAUCCUCUGUUUCUUUAUUUUCUUCUUUCUUUUCUUUUUCCGUUCUUUUCUUCGUGACUCGGUCCAGCCUCUGUUCCGGUUCGCGUGCGUGCGUGUGCGUGCGUGCGUGCGUGUGUGUGUGUGUGUGUGUGUGCAGUGCUCUGUGUUUUUUUGACUGUUUCUAGCGUUUGCAUAGCAGCAUGUGCUCAUGCAACAACGUGCAUUCCCUGAAUCCCUGCAGCCUCUCGUGGGCUACGACAACCUGAUGCAACACUUCAGCUGCAACUGCAGAGGUCGCUUUGGAUUUUGUUUUCUCCGGCAUCACACGCUCCUGGACGCGCGCGCGCCUCACGAGAGGAAGCUUGCCGAUGAACUGGUUUUAUGUUUCUUUUUGGGGUUUUGGUUUUGAACAUAGAUUUCUUCUUCUUCUUAUUUUUCUGAGCAUCGCAAAAUCAUCUGACAACGUCAUUUCCAUGCAAAAUCCACGGAAAGGAAAAUGAGAGUCUGUGCAGUUCGGUUUCAGUGAUUCAGGUCUCAUUUGAAAAAAAACAGCAACCAGCACUGCGAUCGAGAGACGGGAGCGAUUCUUUCCCCGGACCCGCUCGUCUGUCUCUGAGGGUUGUGAACAAUGUUCUUCCAGAGCGCGAGGCCCAACGGAGGAGGCGCGUCGGUGCGUCACUGUGCUGCAGACGGAAGCCUCUUCAACGGGACAUGAAUGUACUCGUGUUUUGGGCUUUUCGAACGAGGCCGUGUUGUCUCCAACAUGCUUCUUCUCAGUCGAAGCCCUAACUAGUGUAAAGCAGCAGUUAGUUACGUGGCCCCCUGUUUCCCUGCUGAGCCAAAGAAGGACCCCGUACGUACCAUCAUCCACCCGCACGUUUUCUUCUCCAUGCAAUAACUUCCACAUAUCACAAAUAUAUAUCACAAAUAUAUAUACGACACAGCUUCAGUGAGGAUCAACUUGUAGCUGCCUCCCAGUCAGUCCACCCAAACUCCGUCUGUCUGCAAAAAACACAACCACGUACGACACGGUGUCUUUUUGAAAUCUUCAACUUGUUGCCGUAGAAACUAAAUUAAUAGCAGGAAUUUGCUGGCGUCCCAUCGGAUGCUGACGUACUUUAGUGGUCUCGCUUCAAGUUGCACCCAAAAUCUCUGAUUUAGACAAAAGGGAGAUGCUUUUUUUUAUUUUUUAUAAUAACUUAGUCGUCGUGUUGGGUCUUAAAUUUUCACCAGAACCGACCGCUGUCAGAUGUGUUUAGCUCUGUGUGUCUGGAAACAGGAAUUCGACGGGUUUGGGGUCUCACACGUGAGGAGAAACACAUCACCAGCUCACAAGUUGUGUCUUAGAGUAAAGCUGUCCAGCAUAGCAAAAAGGACUCCUGUCAUCAUCACGCUGUCCCGCGCGCGCAACACACACACACACGCGCAACACACACACACACACACACACACACACACACACA